UUUGCGCUUCGGGGGAAACUGGUGGAGCAGCGGAGUCUGCAGCCGCAGCAGCGAAUUCGAGGCGUCGAGCUCUUAAUACCCAGCCAAAAAAUAAAAGAAAAAUCGAGCUCGUCACUUUUCCAGCGCGAUCAUCUGUGGCUCGCCAGACAUGCGCAUUUUACUGGCGAGGAGAGCGUGAUACUUGCCUGAUGCUUUCUUGAUUUGGCCAAGGACUCAGGUGGCUCGGACGGAGGAGAAGGAGGAGGAUGAGUCGUGAUGCCCUGGCACGCCAGAACCGGCCGAGGAGCCGUGACGACGAGGAGGAGGGUGAGACGUGCAAAAUGCAGAGCAAGGAGGAGGAGGAGGUUGAGACGUGCAAAAUGCAGAGCAAGGAGGAGGAGGAGGAAGUUGAGGUGGAGAUGUUUGACAAGAGGUUUCAGAUCAGGAAGGCAUCCACUGGAAGCCUGGGGAAGGGGAAGAGAAUAGAAGAGCCCAUCGAACUGAGCGACAGCGACGACCACGAUGAGGAUUACAAGAUGGAGAAGGCGGCCAAGUACAAGGAGAAGAAGAGGAUACACAAUCACAGUGGUGACCAUAAGAAGAAGAAGAAGAAACAUGUGAGCAGUCAUGGUCGUGAGAAGACGCGGAGUGGUGACAGUGACAAGGAUAAGAGGAGGGACAAGCUGCUCUCGCUCAACAAGAACAAGGACCAUCUCCCUUUAAAGGAGAAGAGCUGGGAAAGGCCGAGCAGCCAGGGCGGUGAGAAGAAGAUGCAUCGCUGUGAUCACCACAAUGAUAACAGAAGCAGUAAGAUGUGGAGGUCUGUUUAUGACAAGUACAAGGGGAUGCAAAAGAAGGAAAUGAACAAAGAUACGAAACUGCGCCCAGUGCAUAACGGUGACAGCAGGGAGGAGAAGAAGAACACAACGCUCGUUAUCUCCAAGGAGGCCAAAAUGCCUAUGCUGGACAACAGCAACUGGGGAAACAAGAGGAAGAUGACGACCAUGGUGCCCCAUAAGGCGAAGAAGCUGCGGACCAGUGACAAGGAUGAGAAGGCGGGUAGUUAUGACAGGAAGAAGACAAUUCGGGGCAACACUGGGCAGAGGGUGCAAAGUGGUCUCAAAGAGGAUAAAAAAGUGAAAUUUGCAUUCUCCAAGGUUAUUCAAAACAAACAUUUCAUGGAAUUCCUGUUGAUACCACCAGAUGUGGCAGAGGCACCCAAAAUGGUGGGCUUGACUAAUCGUCAUGUAUGUCUUGAAGACUCGGAGGGGAAGUCUUCAAUCGUCAGGUUAUCAGAGGUAGAUGGUUCCCUAGCUUUUUGCCAGGGGUGGGACAAUUUUGUUUCAGACCAUUCGAUUAAGUGGGCUGAAAUGCUCGUGUUUGAGUACACUGGCUGUUCAAAGUUUUCUGUGCGGGUCUUCGGUGUGAAUUCUUGGGAAAGAGUAUCUUUCAGUCUUGAAAGGCGAGGUGAAGAGAAGAAACAGAAAGAGAGUGAUCAUGCACCUAACGAUUUGGUCCCAUUCCAUACGGUUGGGAGCUCUAGAGAUAUAGAUGAUCAUCACUAUAGUUCUGGUGAAUAUAUUGGGAGCAAAAGGCCGAAAGCAAAGUCCGGUGGAUAUACGGAUAAUGCUGUGGUUUCUCCCGGUAAUUUAGUUGCUAAAUCUAUGAAUGCAGUUCCAGGGGCACGUCGUAUGUCUGCCAAUUCAACACAAGAUCCUAGCGGAGUAGUAGGAGGGAUCGUACGUGGAUCCUCAAUGGCACCAGAGAAUAAGGAUGGCUAUUCGGCGAAUGGGAAGCACACAGCAAACACUAUUUUCUCAUCAUAUAGCAGAGGGACGACAAGGACCCCUGAAACAACUGCAAUCCCUGACGAAGCUCCUUUAGCGCAAGAAAAUGAGGACAUGGUGGCUCUUGAUAACAAGGAAUUAAAUCUGCCCAUUGGAGGGUGCAAAACGAAGUGUGAUACUUCAGUAACGUGCAACAAUGAAAAAACAACUAGGUUUGGAAUAGUCCCAGUUACUGCUGAUGAAGCUCCUUUGUCACAAGAAAAUGGUGAUGCAGUGGAGCUAACAGCAUUUCCUCGUCACAUAGAAGAUGCAGUCAUGAUGAAAGGAUCUACUUCAGCACAAUGUGCAGAAAUACACGGUUCAAUCGAAGAUUUAAGGAGGAAACAAGAAGGAAAUACAGUUCAAUUAGAAUGUACUGCGGCUGUGGACAAAUGUACUAAAAAUAACAAGAUGGACACCAAUAGAAAUACUUGCAGCAAAUAUGAAUAUCCAGGGGCUUCCCAGUGCUUGGAGAAAUGGAAGGAGGCUAGUGUGAGUGGCCGAGAGGCUCUUGAUGGCACUGGACUGAUUAGACGAGAAAAAGGACUGAAAACUGAGGAGAAAUCGGUUGGUGCAAUUGGAGUAAACCCUGUUGAACGAGGGUAUGACAGUACUCACUCCUGUGUGCCUAGUCAGAUAUCUAAGUCUGGACUUACAAGGACAAAGAAUGAACAUUCUGUCAAUGGAAAAGACAAUACUGUUAAACCUGAAACAAAAAUGGAGCAAAUGGGACCCAUGGAAAGCAUUGGAUGCAGACAGGAAAGGACCAAUAUUCCUGCAAGUGCCAACCGUGCAGUUGAACGUCAGACAGAACAUCAUUUCUUCCGACAGGGAGACACGAAGUCUAGCAAUCCUGUGCCCCUGGUGCUGCCUGUCAAGGUUGAAGUUUCGGAAUUAGAUGAUCAUCCCGUCUUGAAGGCCAAUUUACAGUUUGUCGUCCCUUCUUCCGCUCAGACAAGGCUUGAGUUACCCGAUCCACUCUCCAGUGCUGUUGGGCGCAAAAGGAGGCUAGACCGGAACAUUGUAAUGCUGAAGGAUCCCAUGAAGAGAUUAUGGCCGGUGUUCUACCAUGAGACCUCAUUAUUCGUGGGCUUCACGGGAGGCUGGAAAUCUUUCGUUGCAGCAAACAAGCUUCAGACAGGGGAUCUCUGCGUGCUUCUGAAGGACCUGGAUGAAGAUGAGCUAGUGUACGAUGUUCAGAUCACAAGGAAGUGAGGUCAUUGCUCUUUGAGGCUGUGGUCAUCAUCAAGGAACAUGCUUCUGCUCUGUCUAGCCGGAAAACUUUUGACAAGGAUGGUGGUAUACAUCUUUGUGUAUAGCGCGGCCCUGGAAGGCGCUGCUAGGUGUAUUUUGUAAGACUAACAAACAUCCUGGGAAUGUGAAACUCAAGCAAGAAACCUUUUAUUUUGUAGAAGUGAAGCAGGAAGCUGUAUGCCUUGUUGCAUCAGUUGUUGGAAA